UACACGCAGAUCGUCUGUUUUUGCGUGAACAAAUGCGCUUCAAAAGUGCGUAAAUCGCUCAACGACCAACACACGCGACUUCCUGCCAUUUGGCCAAAUUCAUUUCCUUCGCCCGCCGUAAACAAAGUGUUAUAAAUUCCCCUCGCUUUCGCAUCCUGUUAAUGCCGUGGUACAAACAAGUGAUAACGAUACCGACGAACAACCGCAGGGACAGUACGCACAGAUGGCAAACAAACGAAAACCAAUCCACACACCAUCUGCCGCCGGAGGUGUUGGUGGUAGUGGAGCGGCGGGAGGAAAUGCUGCCCGUCCGCAGAUGAACUUCCGCCAGGGGUUAAACGAUACAACGGCUCGAAGCGAAGCUAAGGGCACCAGGCCAACCGCUACACCGACCUCGAUAAGGGAAGUGCUCACAAUGAUGGUGCUGCACGUGUGCAAAAAGAUCAUUUUCUUCGACACCAGUCUUAAGGUCCCGCUGUAUCUGGGUUCUUUGUUCAUCGUGUCCCUCAUUGGCGACUUUCUGCCCUACCCAAAGACUUAUCUAGCGCGCACGGACAAUCUGUUCAACGUGUAUUUCGUUAAACUAGGCUGGGCAUGGACGUUACUGUUCGCUUUUCCCUAUCUGGCCAUGACAUCGAUCACAAUAUGCUGCGGAGACAAUCAGCGGCUACUGAGGAACCAUCUGCCCCGACUCGGCAUAGCGACCGUGUUUUGGUUCGUGUGGACAAAGCUGUUCAACAUCAUCGAAUCGAGCUACGGCCGUUGCAGUGUGCGAGGAUUCGAUGCAAAAACGGCUUGCCUGAAGGCGGGCCACCUGUGGAAUGGUUUCGACAUUUCCGGCCACGCGUUCAUCCUGAUCUACUCUAGCCUGGUGCUGAUGGAGGAGGCACGUCCCAUUAUUGGAUGGGAAAGUAUAAAGGAUUUGCUGCGCAACGAGGAGCACAAUCGCAACAACAACGAUACAUCACAAUCGUCCAAUCCGCUCAAAAACUUAAAGGACGAAGAUCUGAAGGCACUGAAAUACUUCUACAAUCGCUUCACGCCCACCAUUCGGUUGUUCUUCAUCGGGAUGACUAUGUUACAACUGCUCUGGGAUCUGAUGCUCGUCGGUACGAUGCUCUACCACCAUCGGAUGGUGGAGAAAGUGCUGAGUGGCAUUAUUGCCGUCGUAACGUGGUUCGUGACGUACCGUGCCUGGUACCCGAUACCGACCGUACUGCCCGAUCCCGUUGGAAAAGGUCUGUUCAACUACCAAUCGAUCAGCAAACCGGAAAUUGGACUUCGGCGAAGGGCCAGUUUACUGCAGCACGGCGGUGGUUCAUCGGCGACUGCUGGUGCGAAUUUGAACAGCACGGCAGGUAGUAAAGAAAUUCCCAAAUUCAUGGGAAUGCCGCUGUACGCUGCUAGACAACCGUACAACCCUUCGGCGGCUGGUGCAAACAUCGGUUCAAACGCAUCCCCACUGGAAGGAGCGGGCAGUGGCGUGCAGGGAUCAUUCGUAAGUAGCCAUCUGUAUGGUUCGCGUGUAGGUAGCAGUGGGGGCAUUAGCAGUAGCGGUGGUAGUAACUAUAGCAACCCGGACUUUAACCAUCCUUCGUACGCUCGCUAUCGUAGUCGCUUUGAGCGCUUCGAGUCGUAGUAUGUAUAAAUGUAUGUGCGUGUGUGUGUAUGUGCCGUUCAUCAAAUCCUUUUAGUUUUAUGUUUGCAGGCCUGAUAACAUUGGUGAUUGUAAAUUGUAGGUAGUACAAGUACGGUUUGGCUGGGAUAAAGUUAUUUGGGGAAUACGCUUUUACAGCAGCAUGAUGUACGAUCGCCCGAUCGUGUGUUGAUGGCUGGGAAUGGCAACAGGUGACGGGAGUGUUUUGUUUGCAGUAGGCAUUUCAUCUUGAAUUUGCAUUUCUAUGCUGUACAGCAGGCCUGCUUGCGACGUACGGCGAAGGCGCAUGAAAAAUAUUUCUCUACCUAUACACUCUACCAAUCCACCCCCUGUGUCUUUCCAUUUUGCAGAUCUAGUUUGCCGACAAAGCAAGUGCAAUCAUAUCGGUACAGUUCACGAUCGAGCAGCCAAAUAUCGAAUUCACGACCGAUCGAAAGGAUCGAACUGGAACCGAAACUAUAUGUACAGAAGCGUCUGUAGCAGAACAGCGACAAUGGACUGUUUUCGUAUUUCCUAACAGCAUGACAAAUUGCUAAAAGAAAUUACUUUUAAUUAGCAGCGUCGGACGUAUCAGUUAGGGGGACGACAGAAUGAAAAACCACCACACGAAAAGCUCCCACAGAUUUAGGUUUAACUUUAUUGUGUUCUUUCGUUUAAACGCGUCUUUGGUGGUUUGUAGUUUAGUUUUACAUUACAUACUUAUGAGGCAGACUUACACACGUUAUUAUUUAUGUUGAAUAUUUCACUUUCUGUUAUUUCUUAGCUGAUGGUUGUGUUAACUUUAUGUUUUCGUUGAUAUUAUUGUUGCGCGUUUGUAUUCUGUUGUAAUUCUUCGAACGACCAAAUACAAAUAGGAAACUUUACUAA